CUCUCUGUUUGUGUGGUACUUUGUUUAAGGUCAGUUUGAAGGUUUCGUUGUCGAGUACUUAUUUUAGUAACAGUUACGAUUCUUUUUGUGGUUAAGUGUUACAGUAAUUAUUAAUUAGAACGUCAGAGUACACUAUCGCCGAACUGGCAUGUUUUCGGUGAGAGAGGUGGCCCAGUACAAAUAUACAGCUGAUGACUGACGUAAUAUGAAAUUGAUAGAAAACACUGUUGAAGCAGAGAAUUUAGAAACGUCUAUCUCUCAUGAAGAUUUGGAUGGAAGCAUGGCAAGCUGUGAAACUGUGAUGGUGAAUAGUCAAAGCUCACCUAAAGAAAGCUCCCUUGAUAAAUCUAUUGUUGAGAAACUAUCAAGCAACACAAAAAUCACAAACGGUAUCCAUGAAAAAGAUGAAGAUCAGUCAAAGUGUAAUGGAAAUAUGAAUGGGUUCUGUGAAGACAUUUCUGACGAUGAAUUUCAGCUAGUGCUUGAAUCAUCUUCUGAUGAUGGGGGAUCACCUUUAAAAAAGAUUGAUGAAGACACAAUAUCUGCUCCUCAAAUAGUACAAGAAAUUGAAGAUUUAUUAGGUAUUGAUUCAGGUAGUGUUGGAAUUGAUGAAGAAAUUGAAAAAGAACUGAAUGGCACUGAAUCUAUAGAGCUCAGUGAUAAGUAUGAUAAUGUUUCUGAAAAUAGUGAAAAUGCAAACACUCCUCAAGAAAUCAAAGAUGUUUUUGAAGACGACAUACAUGUACAUGAAAAAGCAGAAGAAACUAUUGAAAAAGAAAAAGAUUGUGGAGAAAAUAACGAAAUAAAAAGGCCAACAGAAGAAACAACAGAAUGUGAUUCAUCAUCAAACAUGAACCUUGUGUUUGAUGAAAUUGAAAUUGGCACACAAGAUAGUGCUGACUCUCAGGAUGAAGAAACAAUUGCAGCAGAAAAAUUGGCCAAGGUCCCUAGAGAUAAAACUAAGAUAGUUGGCACGGAAUUGUCACAAUCAACUAAAGUUGAAAGUACAAUUGAAAAUGGUGUUGAAUUAACAAAGUCUGAAGAUCAACUUAUGAAUAAGGGAAUUAAUGAGAACAAAGAGAAGAACAUGGAAGUAGAUGAAUCCAUGGUUAUUGCAAUAAAAGAAGAUUCUUGUGAAAUUGCCGGUCAAAACGAAGACAUUCCACCAACAAGUACCAGUUUAAUAGAAAAAACAGAUAGUAAAAAUUUGGUUGAAAUGUCACAUGAUAAUGAAAAACGUUCUGAGAAAGAAGAAACUAUACUUGCAAGUACUAGUGAUAUUGAUGACACUGAACGUAAAUCUUGUGAUGAAACAUUAAUUAAAAGUGAUGGUUCUGAACUGAAAAUUGAAUCUGAAGCUAACAACGCUGUUACCUCUUCUACUAAAUCAAGUUCUGAAGGAGAUGCAGUUCGAAAGAGGACUACUUCUAUUGAAGAGGAACAAAAGGAGCUUAAGAAACCUAAACUAGAAAACAGUGCAGAAGAAAAUAAGUCACAAGUACUUAAAAGACGGUCAUCGGACCCGGUUGAAAUUGAAGUGAAAAGGACAAAACUUAGUGAUUCCGUUUCAGUUAAUGAACCUCUAGUUGACUCUAGUGAAGAGGAAACUUUAACUGGAGAUUGUUUAGACAUUAAAGAAGGAUCAAUAGAUAGUGAGAAAGUUGAAGAGAGGAAAACAAAAAUUGAAGAGAAGAAAACUGACAAAACCUGUGAUAAGGUUGUUAAAAACAAUCCUGAUGAAGAUACAGCUAGUUCUACAGUCCAGACAACAGACCAAUCUGAGGUAAAACCCUCUUGUGGAAGAACAGAAAAGGAAAUGCAAUCAAAUGAAAUUGAUUCUUCUCCUGCAAAACUGGCUGAAUCAUCUGAUGACAUUUCAAAGUCAUCUCUGGAGAAACCUUUGAAUGAAGUUUCAACUUCAGAUAAAAGUGUAGGUGAGCAAUGCGGCAAUAAGAGUUCCACAAGUAAAGAAGCUUCAGAAGAGGUUGUUUUAGCUUCAACAAAAAAACUUAAACAAAAAAAUAAAAAGGUUAAGGAAAAUAAGGAAUACAUUGAAGUUAGCAGUAGCAGCAACAGUAGCAGUAGCAGUAGCAGCAGUAAUAUCAGCUCCAGCAGCAAUAAGAACAAGGCAUGUGCUCCUUUGGUCAAUGGCAGUGAAGAUAUUAGUGAAAACAAAGAGGAGUUGAUUGCAGAGAACAAAUCAAAAUCUGCUCCAAAAGCUACAUCUUCCAGGAAUAUAAUUGCAAAGGGAGAUAAAGUUGUCAAGGCAAACUUUAAAACAGUUCAACCAGAUGAAGAUGAGAUAUUAAAACAGAGUAAUACAGCAUCAUCCUCAUCAAAAGAAAAAGAAAAGCUUGUUAAGAAAUCUGAACAGAGCAAAAGUGGUAUUAAAUCUCCUUUUGGUUUAUUAACGAAAAAUAUGCAGCAAGCUAAGUCUGUUAACAAAAAAAUGUCAAAUUUAGAUCUGGCAAUUGAGAGUGUGGUUGAUAAAGCGAAGGCUGAUGCAGAAAGAGUGUUGCCACUGCUCAAGAAGUUUCACAAAGAUCAGCUGAAAAAGUUAACUAGAUCGGAUCUUGAGGAAUUGGUUGUCUUGAAAAUAUGUGAAGCAGUUACAGACAGAAGUGAAAUUGGCCAGAUGAGGUUAAGGUGUCAAACUUUGGAACAAAACAAUGAGCUUUGGCGAAAGAAGGCUUUGCAGUUCGAGAAACAGAACCGAGAGCUAGAAAUGGUGUUGAAAAGAUUCCUUACAGAAACAGCUCACAACAAACGGGAGAACCAGAACAAAGUGGUGGUGCCAAUUAAAGUGACUCGGUCUGUUGGCCUUCAGGUCGUUUUGGCUAGUUCGAUGCAUGGAGCACUAGUGUCCGCGAGAAGCAAACCCAGUUCUGAACCGGUGGCAUCAACAUCUACGUCAAUGCAGAGCAGUUCUGGUCGAUCCAUCAGCCAACAACAGUCACAGCAAGGAACCAGCAGACCCAAGCCUGUGGAGAGAGAGUCAAGCAAAGCAGCCACAUUUACUCCACCCGUGCAGCCUGUACCCAACAGUAGGCCAAGGGGUCGUCCAUCCAGGAUCUCUCAAACCCAGAGUCAGCCCAGUUCUCCAGUAUCUAUAGUUCCACAGCCCUCACCCUCCAAGGUUUCACCACCCACAACUCCAGUUAAGCCAAUUGCUUCGAAAACAGCAUUGCCAAACAAAGAUCUGGAAGUCAUUGAUCUCACAGACAAGGAGGAGAAGACCAAAGCUCCUUCUCAAAGUCCUGUCGGUGGAUCAAUCCGAGUGGCCCCUGCAACCCAAAUGUGUUUUGUUCAGCAAAACACAACAAACUCACCACCCCAACAGAUGGCAUACUUUGUGCAAAAGUCUGGUCAAAGACCACAGCAGUAUCUGGUCACAACCGCUUCUGCAAGCCCGAGCGUGGGUGUCUGUUUUAACCCGACACCUGAUUUGCAGCCUAAGGCAGGCGGUGCCACCACCCAACGACCUACGCCUGCGUUAGCUGUCCCGGUGUUCAGGAGCGGGCAGAUCAUCCCUGUCCAGGCUAGUCCUCAGGUUGCAGUACGUGCCCCAACAAAUACAAGCCCUGCUACAAGGCAACUGCCCCAAGCCAUCAGGCUGCAGUCUCAAGUGGGGCUCAAGCAUCCAGCUCCUCUGCCAUCUGCACCUGUAAUUCAGUCAAAACCUGGCUUCAAGGCGCCACCACCAAAACCUCAACUCAAGAUAGCAAAAACAGUCAAUGGUAUAAUGCUUUCAUGGAGCAUGAUGCUGACAAAGGAUAUGGCGGAGAUGGCCAGCUAUCAACUCUACGCAUACCAAGAAGGUCACCAGGCACCUACCACAAACCUGUGGAAGAAAGUCGGGGAUGUCAAGGCCCUUCCGCUCCCAAUGGCCUGCACGCUAACACAGUUCAUCGAUGGACACAGAUAUCACUUCGCUGUAAGAGCGGUGGACAUCCACGGUCGUAUCGGUCCGUUUAGCCCACCUAGCACCAUUAUGCUCACCAAGUAAACUGUUUCAGUUCUCCAAUAUCCUGAUCUCUGAUCUCUCCUUCCAUAAACACUUUAGCAAUAUGAAGCGCUUAUUUUGUUUAUCAAGAACAGUAUGUAUUAUUUUAGUUAUAAGUUUUUAUACCUCAUUGUACAAUUGGUAGAAUCACAUGCUCGUUUUUAGUCUGACUGUGUUUCCUUGGUAAAUAAAAACAUUUGUGUGCCAAAACUCUAAAGCACUGUUGUUUAUUUAAUAAUUUAUUUUAUUUGGCUUGAAAUAUGAUCGCAUCAUUUUUUAUACGUUUUAUUGUGGUUUGUACCGAUGCACAACAAUACUGAGAAAUUGUAUUUUUUUUAAUUAGAACUUUACUAGUGAUAUAAAAAUAUAAAUAUUGAAAUGAGCCAGACUGCAAAAAGUAAUUUAACGAAUUAAUUGUUUAUUACAGAUUAGAAUUGCCCAGGAGUUUCUAGAGAAAAUUACUCUUCACUAUAAAAAUAGAAAAGAGGAAACUGUGGUGCAAUUAUCUUAUAUUUAAUAUAAAAUGUACUGUCAUAUUUAUUUGAACUGUUUGCGUUCAAUUUGAGGUAUGGCUAUUUGAGUUAUUGACUGAUUUGAAAUGAGUCUGAUUUAAUAUUUUCUAUAAUUUUUAAACCACUUCCUUUUCAAAAUAAUCAAUUUAUCGAUAACUGCAUAGCUUCAUAUCAACUUUCUACUAUGACUGCAAUGCUGAAUGUAAUUUUUAUAAUACAUGGAUCUCAAAUUUUCUUAAUUUGAAAACUUGGAUAAUUUGAACUUACAUUCUGGUCUCUUGACUUUUAUACUUGUUUGAUGUUUUUGGGUUUUACACUGUAAUUUAAAUUUGUGGUUAAUGUGAAUUUCUGUAAUGUUCCUUAAAGUUUGAAUUAUCCAAGUUCCACUGUAUGUAAAUUAUUUACUCACCUUAACAACCCUAUAACUUUGAUUAAUAUCCAUUUCGAUAUAUUCAAAUGUUUUCAAUUGAAAAUUCAUAAAUAAGAUUACUUAUCUAUAUUAUAUUUUGAACUGCCAAGUUUGGGUCUAUUAAUUGCUUUAAAUAUACAUUCAUUGAUCAAGUACACAAAAACAUAUUAAAUGAAUAAAAUAAAUGGAGGCUUCUAGGUGGUGGCCGACCAUCGUAAUCCCAAAACAGGUUGUAAUUUUUUUUAAAACUUCGUAUGUUGUUUUCAUGUUAACACUUUUUUAUUGUCCUACAUUCAGCCACUACAAGACAAUAGAUGAGUGUUAACAGAAAGUCCAAUAGUACGUGAAAUUCAAAUACAGUUAAAAUCUGUUUUGAGGUUAUAACAACAAAUGUACUUAAUAAACAAUCAGCAUUAUUUCGAUAGUGUGAAACUGUCCGUUUGUUUCCACUGAUGCCAAAACGUGAAUUUAGAGAGCAUUUGAUAUGUGUCAUAAUAACAGUCCGAUUAACCUCUAGCCACACCUCAUAAAAACUAAUGCAAUGUUAAAUAAAUUUUCAGGAUUGAUUUUGAGAGCACAAAAUAUUUAUAUAAAGUAGUGAGUGGCCAAUCUAUGAAUUACCUUCUUAAGUAAUAACAGUUCAUUGUAAUUAAUGUAAAUAUUGUGAAUUUAGUUAUUUAGUGAGAACUUCGUUAAGUCUGACCGUUAAAAUUAUUUUUAAUCUACAUAGAAAUAUGUAUAUGUAUAUAAAACAAAACUUGUAAUAUAAAUAGUUAUAAAUGUAUAGUGUUAGGUUUUAUGAGUUAAUUUUUUAAAUUUAAAUACAGUUAAUGUGUUUGUACAAGUAUACGUAAUUUUGAUUACGAAUAGGUGCAUCAAUAAAUUAUUAUCAUUUGUUAUAAAUAAUAUAAAGUAACCAUUAUUGUCAAUUUACAAAAAUUUAUUUCAUGUGAAGUAAUUAGUGAAAAUUGUCAGCCAUAGAUUUACUAUUAAUUUUAAUAACUUUUAAAAUACUUAAAAAAAUAACUUUUCCAGAGUAGCUGUGUUUUUAAUUAGUAUGAUGAUAACAAAUUUCACUAAGUUUUAAUUGAACAACAUGUUAUGUCAUCCCAAUAUUGAUUCACAAUGUUUGCAUUUUUGGUUUGUGGCAAAAUGUUAUAUUUAUUACCCAGUGCUCAAUAUUGUUUGAAAAAAUAAAUUAUUGUACAAACAUA